AUGCUGCAGUGCCGUGCAAGAGAGGCCUUGGGUAACUUAAGUGCGUACAAGAAUGCCAUCCAGGCCUGUGGGCCAAAAGCACAGUGGCAGCGAGCCCUCGCGUACUUGGCGGAUCUUUGCAACACGGGGUUGCUGGCGAACGCAAGGGUGCAUACUGCUGUCAUCAAUGUUUGCAAGAGAGCUGCUAAGUGGCAGAUGGCCUUGGCCGUGCUUGCCCAUGCACAAGACAAAGAUUUGCUCCUGGACGUCGUGGCCCUGAGCACAGCUGUGAGCGCCUGUGAACGGGGUGCUAAGUGGGAGCAAGCAUUGGGAUUGCUAAGCUGGGCGGCGAGGCAAACGGUGCAAGUGGACGUGAUUCUCUGCAAUUCUGCAAUCAGUGCCUGUGAGAAGGCUGGACGCUGGCAGGAGGCAUGCCUCCUCGUGACAAGAGUUGAGGACCUGCGCAUGCUUCCGAAUGCCGUCACUUACAACGCUGCGAUGAGUGCUUGCAGGGAGGACGGCCAGUGGUGGGUUGCGAUGGCUUUGUUGAACCAGAUGUUGGAUUGCCAAGUCUUGCCAACAGUCGUAACAUACAAUGCUGCCAUCAGUGCUUGUCAGGAUCCUUGUGCAGAUGUUUGGUGUCGCGCAGUUGCACUGAUCGUUGACAGUCUUGUACUGUCCAAAGCUAAGGACCUGGUCACUUACACCUUGGCCAUCUCUUCUUGCCAGUCUCCGAUGGCGUGGAUGCAAGCGCUUGCCUUGCUUGGCGAGGUGGAGAGGCAGGGGCUGCAGCUGGACAUCGUCGUGUACAACGCUGCCAUCAGCGCCUGUGGCACGGCACGAUGCUGGGAGUUGGCCCUUCACAUGGUGCAGGAAACAGAAGCGACAUCGCUUGCCCCAGACAUCGUGACUUUCAAUGCCGGGAUCUGCGCCUGCCAGGGACCAGGUUUGUGGCCGCGAAGCUGCGACCUUCUCCAGCAGCUCGAGGGCCGGCAACUGAGACCGGAUGUCUUCACUUACAACCUGAUUCUCCGUGCUCUGGAGGAGCAAGACGCUCAGUGGACCCUUGCCUUGGAGGUGCUGUCUCAGGUUGAGGCCAAAAGCCUGCAACCGGACGUGAUCUCCUACGUCACCGCGAUAAGCGUCUGCGAGCGCACAGGGCAGGCUAACAUCGCUCUGCGACUUCUUAUGGAGAUGAGGGCUCGGCGACUGCAGAGCAUCAUAGCGUUGAAUGCUGCAAUCAGUGCAUGCGGGCGAGGGGAGCAAUGGCAGCAGGCCCUUAUACUCUUUUCCGGUGCAGAGCAUCAUCAGCUGGCUGUGGACGUGGUGACGUGCGGGGCGGCGGUCAGUGCGUGUGAGAAGGCCGGGCAGUGGGUUCAAGCUCUUCAGCUUCUUUCGUCCGCUCAUGCGGGCCGGCUACGUCUCAACGUCGUGGUGCUGAGUGCGGGUAUCAGCGCCUGCGAAAAGGCCGUCCGAUGGGAAGAAGCCUUGUGGCUGCUGUUCGAUCUUCAAGUUUGGCAGCUGGAGGCUGACGUGACCAGCUACAGCGCUGCGAUUAGUGCCUGUGAGAAGGCCGCGGAGUGGCGACGGGCCUUGCAGUUGCUUUCGCAGGCGGAGGAGCAAGGACUGCAAGUGAACCUGAUCACCCUGAGUGCAGCCAUCAGCUCGUGCGGGCAGCUUCCUCGCAACAAGCGCUUCCCUCAUGUCUUCUUGAGACGUUUGCUGUUUGCCCAAUGUUUGGGAUGCAUAUUUGUGAGUAUCGGGGCUUACUUUGGUACAGUGUAUAGGUUCGUUUUCAGCGUUUCUGAGCUGAACUGCUUCAUGACGAAGGGCUCCUAG